CGUCCAUUCUCUGGCUGCUGACACCAUGGGGAGACUCGAUGCGCUCGUGCAGUUUAAUUUGCUCACAUGGAUCAGAGAGGAGAAACAGUCGAGGAGACUGUGUCUCUUCGUUGUUUUCGUCGCCCUGCUCUUGGAUAACAUGCUCAUGACUGUAGUCGUUCCCAUCAUUCCCAGCUACCUGUACAGCCUGGAUCAUCCGGCCAACGUGACGUUGAAGAACGACACCUCGUCGCAGCCGGGCCCUCCGGCAGCCUUCCACAGCAUCGUGUCCUUAUACGACAACACCUUGAAGUAUUCCGGCUCCAACGCCACGGCCGGGCCGACCGCCGCGGUCCCGACGGCGCUACCGAACAACUCCGCCGAGUGCCACCAGUCCAAGCAGCUGAACAAUGAGAACGUCAAAGUGGGAUUGCUUCUCGCUUCCAAGGCCACCGUACAGAUCAUCACCAACCCCUUCAUAGGGCCCCUCACAAACAAAAUAGGAUAUCAUAUUCCCAUAUUCGCUGGCUUCUGCAUCAUGUUCUUCUCCACUAUCAUGUUCGCCUUCUCAUCGAGCUACGCUCUGCUGUUUGUGGCCAGAUCGAUGCAAGGUGUGGGCUCCUCCUGCUCGUCAGUGGCAGGGAUGGGAAUGCUUGCGAGUCUGUACACGGAUGAAGCGGAGAGAAGCAAAGCCAUCGGGAUUGCGCUAGGAGGUCUGGCAUUGGGAGUGCUCGUCGGACCCCCGUUUGGCAGUGUGAUGUACGAGUUCGUUGGGAAGACCGCUCCUUUCCUCAUUCUGGCGUUCCUGGCUCUGUUUGAUGGAGCUCUGCAGCUUCUUGUUUUUAAGCCCAACAAGAUUGAACCAGAGAGUCAGAAGGGGACCCCGCUGCUGACACUAAUGAAGGAUCCAUACAUUUUAGUCGCAGCCGGUGCCAUUUGUUUUGGAAAUAUGGCCAUCGCUAUGUUGGAGCCAACGCUGACCAUCUGGAUGAUGCAGACCAUGUGUGCCAGCGAAUGGCAGCUAGGCGUCGCUUUCUUACCGGCGUCCAUCUCCUACCUUAUUGGAACCUACAUCUUCGGCAGGUUGGGGCUCAGGAUGGGGAGAUGGCUUUGUGCUUUCAUUGGAAUGAUCAUGGUUGGAAUCAGUGUAAUAUGUGUUCCACUUGCCAAAAACCUCUACGGUCUGAUUAUUCCAAACUUCGGCAUUGGUUUGGCUAUCGGCAUGGUGGACUCCUCUAUGAUGCCCAUCAUGGGUUACCUGGUGGACCUGCGGCACGUGUCCGUUUAUGGAAGUGUGUAUGCCAUCGCUGACGUGGCUUUCUGCUUUGGAUUUGCUUUUGGUCCGUCUAUCGGAGGAGUCGUCGCCGAGAGUAUCGGCUUCCCCUGGCUGAUGACCAUCAUCGGGAUCGUGGAUAUUCUCUUUGCUCCUCUCUGCAUCUUCCUCAGGAAUCCACCGGGACAAGAAGAGAAAAUUGCUAUUUUGAUGGACUCCAACUGUUCAAUGAAGACACGGUCCUACUCCACACAGGGGACGCACUACCAGGGUGAGAACAUGGAUCCAGAAUAUGACGAUUAUGAUUAACGGGACACGAGCCACGCAGGUUAACCCUUCAGAGGAUCUAUUUUUUUGUACAAAAAAAAAUGUUUAUUUAAACAAAACAGCCGAGAUAUUUAAAUGUGAAUGUGCCGCAUUCUGUCUUCGCUGUUCUUUGUCCUCGUAGAAGUUGUACUGGAGCAAACCAAAGUUGUUCUUGAUCUGUGGUUGCAAGCGCAUUGUGUGAGAGAUAUUUUUUUAGCCGACAGCCUUAUUCAGUCGAGAGAUGUGUCAAAAAAAAGCACUUUUUAGGUCGUAGAAGUACGCUUUGCCGGUUUAUUUUUGGAUACAAAUCUUUCUUAAUUUAUGUGUCAGCUAUUAAAAAGUCUCCUUUUUAUUUACUGUACGUCCAUGAUACUGUCUUGAAUAUUAUUACCAGACCUUGUGCAAGUUGGUAUUAUAUUGGGUAACUGUGUGGUAUGUCAAGAAACUGUUUUUUGUUUAAAGUCGGAGAGAAUACCUUUUGGGUCUGAUCUAUGAUCCUUGUUUGCAUUGAUGUGGCUACAAAAGUAUUCAUGACUCGAGUCAACACAUUUGAGCUGCUUGAGAAAAGGAUGAAGAAUGUGUUCUAAAAACACGCCGUAGAUACGUGACGUCGCAACAGAAUCCACGGAAUCGUGCAUCGUGGCGA